AUGUCUCGCCUUAAAAGAACGGCUAGAGUACCGCCGCCUGGACCCAAAACAAAGGCAACCAAGACCACCAAGGCCACAAAGUCGAAGCUGUCUAUUAAGAAGAAGAAAAAAACUGUCAGUUCGACCGAAGAAACUCCUCAGCCAGAGGUGAAUGGGCCUAUUGUGACAAACCCUGUUCACCGGAUCUAUAAGACAAUCACUUUGGAAAGUGACGACAUCGAGGAUGGGUUGUGGAUGAUGCGUAAAAUUGGUAAUGGCAAAUACGAGGCUGUCAACCUCAAUACCGUUUCGCAUGAAGACCUUUGCUCGGAAGAAAAUGAGGCGAGAAUGGCUUCUCAUCCGGAGAGCGUCAAUGUUUUCGAAGCUAGCCAUAAGUCUUUGGAAAAUAUCAAAAUGAAGUUAGAUAGAGCUGUCUUUGCUGCAAGUGGAAAAGUCUUCCGACUCCAGAAGCUUCCUAUCGAGUUGCGAUACAAAAUUUACGAGUUGGCACUGAUUUCAGAUUCUGGCUUAAUACCUAGUGCGCUCCCCUUUGAUGACGGUUGCAAGCAACCAGGUCUGGCGCUGGGCCUUAUUGCCUCUUGUCGCUACAUUAACGCAGAAUGCAUGCAGUUCUUUUGGAAGAAUGCUUUCAACCUGAGUGCCCCCACCAUUAAGCGUCUCAGAGAAAGCAAACAAACCUUGAUUCAGAACGCUCGCAAUUUCAAAUGCGAUUGGAGUGGUAUUUUUUCCAAGGAUUCAUUUAUUUUUGGACUACUUGCCUCUUGCGAACACCUUGAGACUCUGGAAAUUGUAUUACAGCGCUCGUGUGUAUCUGACGGCCAGCCGACGUAUUAUAAUCGUAAAGCACAGCGUCUACAUCAAACCGACAACAGUAUUCGAAAAUUCAAUAAAAGCAAUGGUUUCGACAAACUCAUUAGUCUCCGCGACCUUAAAAAGGUCAUCGUUUCAAAACACUGGACUCUGAAUCUUGACAAAACUCUGACCGAAACAGAAUUCAAAAAUUUCGAGCAGUUUUUGAUAAAGAAAUUGACAACGCCGGUAGCACCCCCUGUGGCCUUUACACAACCUCCUUCAACUCCAGCGAGGAAGUCUACCAGAAUUCAAAAGCUCGAAAAUCUCAAACCAAUCAAAUAUGUACCUGAUCCAGUUAGCGAUGACGAGGAAGCAUCGUUGAACGAGGAUGAGGACGAUGACAACGAUGACGAUGACCAAGACGUUAUGUCGAUUGCAUACAUAACAUGA